CCGGACCCAGGCCGCCUCGCCGCCGCCCGCCCGGCCGCCCUCGCCGCGAGCGCUCCACCAUGGCCGGUGCUGUUUUCCCCUUGUAAAGAUGGCGGUGCGGGAUCGCUGCAACCUUUAGACUAAUGACUGUCCGAAACAUCGCCUCCAUCUGUAAUAUGGGCACCAAUGCCUCUGCUCUGGAAAAAGACAUUGGUCCAGAGCAGUUUCCAAUCAAUGAACACUACUUCGGAUUGGUCAAUUUUGGAAACACAUGCUACUGUAACUCCGUGCUUCAGGCAUUGUACUUCUGCCGGCCGUUCCGUGAGAAUGUGUUGGCAUACAAGGCCCAGCAAAAAAAGAAGGAAAACUUGUUGACAUGCCUGGCAGACCUUUUCCACAGCAUUGCUACGCAGAAGAAGAAGGUUGGCGUCAUCCCACCAAAGAAAUUCAUUUCAAGGCUGAGGAAAGAGAAUGAUCUCUUUGAUAACUAUAUGCAACAGGAUGCUCACGAGUUUUUAAAUUAUUUGCUAAACACAAUUGCGGACAUCCUUCAGGAAGAGAAGAAACAAGAAAAACAAAAUGGGAAAUUGAAGAAUGGCAACAUGAAUGAACCUGCAGAGAAUAAUAAGCCAGAACUCACCUGGGUCCAUGAGAUUUUUCAGGGAACACUCACCAAUGAAACCCGAUGCUUGAACUGUGAAACUGUGAGUAGCAAAGAUGAAGAUUUUCUUGACCUUUCUGUUGAUGUGGAGCAAAACACUUCUAUUACCCACUGUCUGAGAGACUUCAGCAACACAGAAACACUGUGUAGUGAGCAGAAAUAUUACUGUGAAACGUGCUGUAGCAAGCAGGAGGCCCAGAAAAGGAUGAGGGUAAAAAAGCUGCCCAUGAUUUUGGCCCUGCACCUAAAGCGGUUCAAGUACAUGGAGCAGCUUCACAGGUACACCAAGCUGUCUUACCGGGUGGUCUUCCCUCUGGAGCUCCGGCUCUUCAACACCUCCAGUGAUGCCGUGAACCUGGACCGCAUGUAUGACCUGGUCGCUGUGGUUGUUCACUGUGGCAGUGGUCCUAAUCGUGGGCAUUACAUCACUAUUGUGAAAAGUCACGGUUUCUGGCUUUUGUUUGAUGAUGACAUUGUAGAGAAAAUUGAUGCUCAAGCUAUUGAAGAAUUCUAUGGCCUGACGUCAGAUAUAUCAAAAAAUUCAGAAUCUGGAUAUAUUUUAUUCUAUCAGUCACGAGAAUAACUUAAAAGAACUGUGGACUAAUUCCAGUGGGGGAGAACGUUCAAAGCACUAUUAUCCAGUUUCUCUGCAGACCUCCUUCCCCAGCGGCCCACUGAUACGACUCUGAGUCUCAAUGGUCUGACUGUGUUAAACUUUGUCCCUUUGUUUUUUUACAUGCAGCACUACUCUUGGUUUUAUUUUGGUCUGAGGUAGAGUUAACUGCAAUCAGAUUGUAGUAAGAGUUAUAUGAAUAACAGUUGCUAAGUUUAGAAUUUGGGUAAAUGCUAUGACACUCCUUAUGUGUGACUGAAUUAGAAUGACAUUUCCUAUGAAUGACCCAGGUCAUUCUGGUAUUAAAACUUCCUAAAUGGCAUCGGGGGUCCUUUCCAAUGCAUUCCCCUUAACGUGUCCUGGAAGCAUUGCUACCCAUUUUUAACAUGCCUAUCUUUUCGGGCAGAGGGACAGAAGAACUGGGUGGAUGUUCACCUUUUAGGGCUGCAACUAUAGCUUUAAGUUUGUGCAAGUGAAAGUGUUUCAGAGUGAAUAACCUCAAUACUAAAAAGCCACCCUCCACGGGAUGGAGUGAAGAAAGGCUGGUGUUGGUGGUGAGCGUCCACUCCAGGCUGUGCUUUCACAGCCAUUAGAAUUCCAGGGCCUAAGAAACGGAGCUCAGGGCAGGCAAAGCCAAGAGGAAGAAGUUUUUGUGGGUGGUGAAAAAUUGCUUUUCUUACCUUUCUACCAAAACCAAGUUUCUGGAAAAUAACUCGAUGCUGUUAAGUUGUAGUGACACUUUUCUUCCGUAAGGUCCUGUGAGUUGAAUUUACCCUGUAUCUGACACUGCUGAGCUUUUUAAGCUAUCAUUGCAAUCCCAUUGAUGUGCAGUCUGUGGUCUUAGGGCUGAAAUGACACAUGGACUGCCUGUGACACAUGUCUCCUUAGCCAGUCAGCACCUGACACCCUUCCAUAUGAGGAGUAACAAAGCACUGCACCUUGAUAACCAUCAGCUGCGUCACACAGCUUAAUUUUUUAAGUUUACUGAGGCGCUGGUGGGUCUCAGGGCUAACGAUGAACCUCUGUAGAGGGAAUGCUGGAGUUAGCUACAUGUGAGUUGAGUCACAGGAAGUGUUAGUGGGUAUGUGGAGGAAUGAACAAGCUGGCGGCUGUUUCUCUGGCUCAGACUCCUAGAAUGCUUGAUACGACAGUUUUUUGGAAGAACCUCAUCUCACUCUACUUACUUUUUUCACUUUCGUUAUAUAUGUAUUUAUUAGAGCAUUUGAGAGUAUUGGUACCUUUUGCUAAAAAGGGUCAAUUUGGUGUUUUGCUGUUGAGCUGUUUUUUGGUUUCCUACAAAUGCUAUGAGUCAUAGAUCUUGGCUUCCUUCAGGAAUUCAGUGGAAUUCCAUACACUAUAAUAUACUGUGAACAUGUUAUUUUGUUACCUAAUAUAUCAGCAAAUGAACAUGCAAACUCUUGACGCAUAAUGUGAACUAAAACUGAAAUAAAAAAUGUUAGUGGCCAUUUUGCAACCAUGAAGAGGAUAGCACUUUAUCUAGAUGAAAACUGGAUUUCUUAUUUUUGAAAUAUCUUGAAUUGUUUAUUGCUCAGAACUUAAAGCAUGCCAACACUUCAUUUGUUCAUGCUUGAAGUUACAUGUUUUAUUCUUCACUGGAGAAGACAAAACA